AUGGCACUGCGGUUUGAGGCAUCAUACCCAGAAGGGCUGUGUCCUGGUUGGAGUGUGAUAGUUAAAGGCGAAACAAGCUCCAGUGCAAAUAUGUUUGAAAUUAAUUUCCUCUGCAAUGCAGGAGACCAAAUCGCUUUCCACUUUAACCCUCGCUUCUCUGACUCCAAAAUCAUCUGCAACUCCUUCAUCUCCAGCCGCUGGGGGCCGGAAGAAGUAACUGACACCUUCCCCCUAAAAGCAAAGGAACCUUUCCAGAUUGAAAUCUACUCUGACCCAGACUAUUUCCAUGUUUCCAUUGAUGAAAACAAAAUCCUCCAGUACAAGCAUCGGCAGAAACAGCUCUCGGCUAUCACCAAACUGCAGGUCGUUAAUGAUGUCAGAAUUUCUUCAAUGGAAAUCAAACGGAGUCUUUAUUAGGCACUAAAGCUGGGACAGGCUCUCCAGCCUAACCACCCUUAAGAGCCCUUCCCCAGUAGGCAACUGGUUACCCUCUCUCCUCCCUCUCCCACCCAUCAUCUGCUGUCUCCAGCAGGAAGGAUGUUGCUGGAGAACACUAUAGCACAGAGUUGUCAUGCCCAUGAUGUACUAUAUCCUAGCAAUACAAUGGCAAUACACAGCGAGCUCAUUAAUGUCAGUCAGUCCAGAUCCCUAGAGUCAUUCUGACACCAUGUGCCCUAGGGUGGAGAACUGGAAGUCUAGGCAUUUUCAUCCUUGUUUGUCGUAAUGAAC